AUUCAAGUAUAAUUCAAAAAUCCGUCAGCUCAAGUAACGUCGAUUUUAAUAAGCUUCGUUUGGUUAUUUUGUUCGUAGAAAAUAUUGUCAAUCAUUGUACUAGUACUAUAAAGUUGCGGUGAAGAGUAAAGAUACUUUAUACUAUUGAAGAAGACAGUGAAAUAACACUUAUUUUGAAUUGAAGAUAUUUGAAGUCAUACAAAGAAAAUGGAUCCUUUUACCCAGCGAAUGCUUGAGAAAGCAGAACAACGUAGUAGACUUUUGGGUAUAAGGAAGACAAGUAAACAUCCAUUUGUCGAAAGUGCCGGAGACACUACUAUAUCGAACGAUGGAGGAGUUUUGGAAAAUAGAACCCAAAAUCUAACUCAACAAAAACAAUCAUUUCUAUCACAGGAGUUAACUGUUCAUCCUAUAGUAGCGGAAUCUUUGCAAGCUACAACACAUAAAGGAAGCAACACAAGUGGUGAAAGCGCCUUAAGUUGUAAUAAGUUGGAAGUCAUUGAAAAGCCGGUUAAUAAUGCUUCUAGUUUGUCAGCAAAUGAAAAUAAAUUCCAUCGCCAGUUUUCUGCGGUAAAUAAAGAAAAUAUGGAUUUAGGUAUUGAAAUCAAUAUAGUGACAAACAAAGACAUGGAGGUUGAGGUCCAAAUUGAAGAGCAAAAUAUUGCUGAUAAUGCUGCAGAGGUUAACCGUAUUAAAAAUGCUUCGGAACAACCUUCAGCUAUAAUUCGUGAUACUUCCCGAAGUCGUUUACAGCGUCUUGGUGCUCUUUAUGCUAACCCGAAUGACCUUUCUUCGCCAAUACACCGGACUGAGGGGGAUUUCCAUUCUGAUUCUCUUGUCGAUGAUGGUGAUGGGAAAAAUACUAAACGUCCAAAACAACGUUUAGGAAAAUUAGUCGAACUUGCGAGUUCAAUUAAUCAGUGGGAAGAUGACACUGCUCAUCAUGACCCGUAUACAUUUAAAUCGGUACCGCCACCUAAACCAGAUUUACCAAGUAGAAAAAAAUCAAAUCCACAGGUGGCUACUUCAUUUAACAUGAAUUUAACAAACAAAACAUACAAAGAAGUACACGAACAGACAAUCUCAGAUCAGUUGUCGAUUGAAAAGAAACCAGCGAAGAUCACACAACCACCAUGUAAUACAAAACAAUUGUCAUGGGAUCCUAUAUUGGUUAAUUCACUUGAGGCCCAGGGAUUUCAAAGAUGUGAUUCAUCUGUGGUGAAACUUGCUUACGACUACUCCAAACAUGAAGAAACCAAACCGAUAGCAAAACAAGGAGAUGAUAUAAAAAGUACCUCCCAUCAGCCAAAAGUUGCUAAGUUGGCGAGCACAUUUUCGAAAAUUUUAGAGGAUAAAUAUAUUACGGGUGACAAUAAGGAACGAAAAUUCGCAAGUGUUAAUGUUGGUUUAGUUUCUGGACGAACAGCAGCUUUUGAGAAAAAAGUAAACGCUAGUCAAGAAGCACAGAAGCAACAAAAAGAUCCGACAGAAUUGUCACUUAAGGAACGAAUGCAAUUAUUUGAACGGAACAAAGGAGAAGCCCUUAUUCCGAAAGCUGCCCUAGGAAUGGCUCCAUCUAUAAGCAAAAUUCAGAGCGACCAUAUUGUGCAACACAAAGGAGAAGGUGUUAAAGCAACUAAUUCCGACAACUUAUUUCCAAAUGGAAAUUUGAAUCUUAAAUCUGCCAAACCGAGCAGUGCAAGUAAAUUACGCGAAAAAGUAGCUGCGCUUACUUCAGGCACAUUCACAAUGGCUGAGAGUAAAAUCAAAUCUGAUAUACAACAGCAACGUCAUGAAGAUAUGCAAAUUAUUGCAAAUCGUUUUUACAAACAGAAAUGUAUAAAUGAUAACAUAACUGAAGUACUUGUAGUUAAAGGACCACUAUUGGAUGUUCCUAAUGCGAAAAAUAAUACUGCAUAUACACCACCGAUACAUCUUCCAUCGCCACCACCACCACCACCGAUGCCCAAAGAAAGUUCGAUAGUGAAAAAUAAACGGCAUUCUCCUAGCGAGGUUACUAAAGAGGAAAGCAAACGCGCACGAAAAUCGGCCAUAAUAACAACGCUACAAGAGGUUGAUGUAAAUCGUAUUUAUCCCGUACUUUCAGAUUUGGAAUCGAAAAACUUGGUUUCGGAAUCGGAUAGAGACAGUGGUGCCACUACAGCAACUAUGUCCGGUCAUAAUAAUCAAGAUAAAUAUUCUCAGAUGACAACUAAGGAACGCGAAACUGGCAAUUUAGAUAGUAUGAAUAAUGAUGGAAGAGAUGGAAGUGACAUGUAUUCAGAGGAGGCAGAUGACAGCAGCAUAGACAUCUGCAACAUCAGUUUGGGACGUGAGAUAAUGCAUGCAGUACAAAAAAAUGACGACCACCGACAAAAACAUCAGCGAGAUAAACGAAUUGGGGAAGAACCUUAUGCUGAUAACGAAUAUUAUGGCUGCGAAGAUAGCUCGUUGAAUUCCUCUGAAACCUCAUUGGGUAUUAACGAUUACUUGGAUGAAGCUUUGGUCGAAGAUGGCAAUGACGACGUCACACAGGACAGCGAUGAUAAUACGUACGACUCUGAAAAUAUGUAUCUUCAAUCAAAAGAAAACAAAGGGACAACUGCUUCCAAUAGCUUUUCUUUCCACAAAUCGUCAAAAAAAUACAAAAAUUGUAAAAUCAUAACAGAAGAAAACAAGAUAUCACCAAUAUCGAAUUCAACAACUGCAUGCACGUACAUGACACAACCGGUGAAAUCUGAAAUGAGUAUUAAUCGCGAAAACGACAACAAUAUGGUCACCUUGGUGCAUACAGUCAGCUUUUACAGACGACAACAAAGUGAUAAUAGUGCCAAUUCUACUCCAAUACGUAAAGUAUGUAAAGAACGGAAGGUCUUGCGCUCCGAUAUUAGCAAUGUUACUUCAGCACCAAUGAACAUUGAGCAUAAAAAGAAUGAACGUGAAGUCAAAAACGAUGAUACAUACGUUGUGGAGGAAGUUGAGAAACAAGUCAACAGUUUAGAUGACGAAAUAGAUACAGAUGAUACUCAUUUAGUUGAGGAAAAAAUCAAGAAACUCUUGGACGAAGUAUGUAAGCAGCAGACGGUGAUUGCACAAACCAGUCAAGCGCUGAACUUAUGUGCUGCUACCAUUGAAUUUUCGGGUUCGACCGAGUCGGUUGAGGGCGAGCGACAUUUGCUUGUAGCAACUCAUCGACGUCAGGCUUGUUUAGAUGAAAUACAACGUUUACGAGUAGAAAAGUGUUUGCGACCAGUAGGUUCAUUGCGAGAUAAAGGACGCCUUACUGUUAAAGAAAUAACAAUACCAUUGCGACAAGACUAUAUACGCAAACUUGCUGCAGACACAAUUUCCGGUCAUCAUUUAGUUUGUUUGCUAAAAUACAAUGAAUAUGUUUUGGCGACCAAGACAGUACCUACACUUCCUGGCCUCCUAGCCGUAAAAUUUCCCGAUGUUUUGACAAUGAAUAACGUGUAUGCAGAUUUUAGGAUUACCCUAGAAAUUUACGGCAUGACGGCUCAGCGAGAAGUUUUGCCUCACGAGGUAAAAUAUCAUAUUAAUUUGAAUAAAAAGUGCGGCAUAAAAACACCUAAAAAAAAGAGCAGUGAAAAUCGUUUAGUUAUGCCCCCAGUACAAAGCCCAGCGGGACCAAACGUCGUACGCACGCCGGCACUGGUGCAAUAUGGUUUUGCUAUUUUUUCUUUACGUGAGAUACAACGUACCUCGUGGACGUUAACACAGGUUCUUGGUGUAAGCCCAUUGGAAGGAGUUGUUCAUAUGAAAGCUAAUUGUGAAUUAUCUGUUUUGGUGGAACAUCGCGGUUUUCUAACAAUGUUUGAAGAUAUCUCUGGUUUCGGAGCUUGGCAUCGACGUUGGUGUUAUUUGAAUGGUAGUGUACUUAAUUAUUGGAAGUAUCCGGAUGAUGAGCGUAAAAAAACGCCUAUCGGCACCAUCGAUUUGUAUGCUUGUCAUACACAAAAAGUAACCGUAGCACCACGUGACAUAUGUGCCCGUCUUAACACAAUGUUGCUUGAAUUUGAACGACCCGCAAAAGAAACCGACGUUGAGUCACUUAUUAUUGUACCAAAUGGACGCAAUACAAUUGUGAGAUACCUCCUUUCAGCUGAUACAAAAGAAGAGCGAGAGCUAUGGUGUGCUUAUUUCAAUAAAGUCUUACUAUUGUUGCGAGCUUGGGGACCGCCGCAAUGAUUAUCAACUAGCAUUUCUUGACUUCAAAUUACGAGAAAUAUAUUUUUAUUGGCAUAUAUAUUUUGGGGAUAUUAGGUUUUUCAUUAAAAUAUUUAGUUUUAUUCAUUUUGUCUAACUGAACUAUGAAGUGUUUGAUCAAAAUUGAAUGUAAAUAAUCAGAUUUAAAUUAGUAAUACCAGUGCUACAAUAAUGAUUUAUUUUUCUUACAAGAGUCAGCAAUCUUUAUCCACAAUUCACAUUUUAUUUCGCUUUGUCGAAGGAAUUUUGUGGUAUACCAAUUUUUGCCAUCCCUUUCGAUUUCAAAAUUUUGCUUACGACUUUAAGCUAUUAACGCUUUUAUUUCAAAUAAUUCAGUUAUGUGCUGUACUGUUUCAGUAGACAAAUAGUAUGGUAUAUUAUGACUAUAUAUUAUCUUGUUUUCAUUUUGUAUAAAGAUAAUUUCUAUUUUGCAAUUGCGUAGAACUUACUUAAAAAUUUGAGAAAAAAUUGUUUCUAAAUAUUUUUACAAAUCUAUAAUUUAAUAAAUAACUAAAUUUAUUUUUAUAGUUUUCUCGAUUGAUGUUCUAAAUCGUUUAAUUUAAUAAUCAUUUAAUCGUACUAUUUUUAGUUACCUAUGUCGCUAUGUGUGUAACUAACAUUAACUUAUAUAAAUCAUAUUAAUAAAAUGUAAGUUUAUGAAAAUAAUAAUUUUUAUUUAAGUUUUGUUUUUGUAACAAUAACGCAUGCCAAUUUGAACGUACUAAAUAAAAAAUAUUUUGAUAAUGGGCAUAAAGAUAUUUAAAACUUAUUCAUUGUUAUUGGGCCUAAUCAUUGAAUACGUUUCGAUUCGAUCGAAAAAUUUUACGCCGGAAUCAUUGAAACCGCAUCGAAAAUAAAAUUUACAUUGAACUGACUGAACUUGACUCGAAAAAAUACAUUCCGCGGCUAAUAGAUGUCGAUAAUUACGAAAUCAUUGAAUCCGCAAAAUCGAAAAUUUUGGCCGAAUUCUAUCAGUUGAUAAGUGAGUUGCGGAAAUUUAAAAGAAGUAAACCAUUUGGAAGAUUUAUGAAACAAUUAGGCUGCUUUCGUAAACGCAAUAUGCAAUGCAUACAUACAAUGUACAAUAUUCGCAAACGCCAAUGUAUUAUUUUAGGCAAAGUAUUGAUAAAAAAGUAUUGAUUCAUAAAUGCAUAACAGACCUAUUUCAUGCGCAUGAGUUGUCAAAUUGUGCAUGAGUUUUAUUUUUCAUGCAUUGCAGUAAAAAGAAACGAAUGAAAUAAUUAAUAGAGAAAAAAGAAAUAUUUUUAAAAAUUGGGGUCCCGCCGAUAAAUGUUAAUAUAUUAUAAUUACAGGUAAAAUUUUUCUAUCGAAACGGAUUCAAUGAUUAAGUGCAAUAUAUAUGGUUUAGUGCAUGGUGUCAAACAAUGUCAUACGGACAACAUUUCGCUGAUACUCUUGGAUAACAGAUAAUUGUAUCUUCUGCAAACUAAUUUUGAAGUAUGUGAAGGAAGUAUGAAAAUCAUACUAGGUCUGUGGGAGCUAGGGGAAGUAAUUAUCCGAUUUUACCCAUUUUUGGUACAGAAGCGUAUUAUGCUUAUAUAUAAGUUCUGAUAUCAGUUUUUAAUUUGAGUUAACAUCAACAAAAAUUAUUUUAAGCAACUGAUCAACUCCAGUUUUGGGUUUCGAUACGUUGAAAUAUAUUUAUAUAUAUUUUUUUUUUUGAUUUAU